UGUCGAGUAAACAUUAUAGGUUGCUGUGCUUAGGCGUUGGUAAUUCACUCGAAAGCGGCCAAUUGUUUGGGAAGCCUUCUAGAAGGCAGUGAUGUGUGUGUAGCGCGCCCGAGCACCUGUUUUGACUUGCACAGAGUUGUUAUUGUCGGUUAUUCUUGAUGUUGUGAAUUGUGUAUCAAACGACAUUAGUGAACCAUGGCUCCAGGCAGAAGUGAUGUCUGGAAACAUUAUGACAAGCAAGCAGAUGGCACGGCUGUAUGCCGAAAGUGUAAUCACUCGAUUAAAACUUCGUCGAACACCACCAAUGCAUGGAAACAUCUCGAGAAGCAUGAUAUCUUCCGUCCUAAGAAAUCGGGCAGCACGUCCACAUCCACUGCUCGAAGAGCUGACGCUGAAGAUGAAGACGACGAGGACGCAAUUUUUGAGAAUUCGCCUGUCGUGCCCGAGGGAGCUCAUCCGCAGCCGUCUGGUAGUGGAAGUGCAAGCGGCACAGCAAAAACAACGCCCACUUCACUACUAGGGAAGAGGAAAUCAGGGAGGGCGCUAUUCACCUCUCCGCCCAAACAACCGACGCUGCAUGAAUCACUCCAUCGAGCUGAGUCCUACAAAGAGGGUGGACCUCGGGCGGUGGAACUCGAUGACUCAUAUCUCUACAUGGUAAUGAAAGAUGGCAUGCCUCUGAGAACCGGAGAGAAGAAAGGCUUCCAGGCUUUCGCCAAGAAAGCCGUGCCUCUUUGGAAACCCCCUGGGCGCAACAAGACGACCAACAUGAUGGAGAAAAAGUACGAGUCGCUCUCUGCUCUAGUCAAGGAUGCCCUUUCCAAGGUUCCGGCCGUGUGUUUGACGGCCGACUGCUGGACCGAGAGUCACAACACGACGAGCUUCCUUGGAGUGACGGCCCAUUUUCCGAUUGACACAGAACUGGAGUGUGCGGUUUUGGGGGUGAGGUCCCUUCAGGAAGCCCAUGACAGCCAAUACUUAUCUGGACAAUUUGAGAAGGUGUUGGAAGAGUGGGGUCUAGAAACCAGUAGAGUCAGCUUGGUAAUCACGGAUAAUGCUGCCAAUAUUGUGGAUAGUGUUAGACGCGUAUUUGGGGCUGAUAAGCACUUAGGAUGCUUUGACCAUACUCUCAAUCUCAUCCCUAAAGCAGCUUUGGGAUUCAAAAUAGUAGACAAGAAACAGGUCCCUCAUGUGGCUGGAGCCUCAGAGCUUGUUGCCAAAGUCAAGAAAAUAGUGACAUUCUCUCACAGAAGCUACAAUUUCAAAAACGAACUUACUAAGAUACAAAUAGGGAAAGGGAAGACCCAAGGUACGGCGCUGUCCCUACUUCAAGAUGUACCGACCCGGUGGGGCUCAACCUACCUAAUGUUGGAGCGUUUUCUGGAGAUGAGAGAAGUUAUUGCAGUAGCUGCCUUGAAGUUUCCCAGCGAUGUAACUAUGCUGACCGCGGCAGAGCUAGCCACGCUCGAGAUCCUGAUGUCUAUUCUUGCGCCCUUCCACUUUGUGACCAAAGAAAUGUCGGCGGAUAAGACCACCACCGCGAGCAAGGUCAUUCCAUUGGUCUUCAUAAUCAGAAAGGAGCUGGAGAAAAUGACCAUUCCACGGUCUGAUGACUUAGCUACUCGCUUUUACAAAUUUGUUUGCGCUGAAUUCGACCGUCGGUUUGACAAAAUUGAACAAGUUAUGCCUCUUGCCAUUGCAACAUUGGUAGACCCGCGCUUCCAGCGUUCAUAUUUUCAAGAUAUUACUGGUGUUGCCAGGGCCAGAGGGCACAUUGAAGAGAUGAUGAAAAAGCACAUUAGAGAAAGCGCUAAUGCUGCAGAGGCAGAGCUCUCAGCUAGAGUUCCAAUCAGAACUGAGCCUCGCGAGGGUGAGGCAAGCUCAACUGGUCCCCGCUCUCUAUGGGACGAGCAUGACGAAAGGGUUGCGCGGGACUUCGUUAACCUGACAACUGACGACAUCGGAGGGAAGGCCCGCACCGAGCUGCGAGCAUUCCUGGAACGAGCCCCAUCUCCAAGGACCGCCAACCCUCUUGAAGUUUGGGAAGGCAUUCGUCACGAAUACCCGAAUUUGUACAAGAUUGCACGUGUCUUCUUGAGUUUGGUGGCAACGUCUGUUCCCUCCGAGCGUAUGUUUUCGGAUGCAGGCAACAUCGUGACUGACAAGACUAACCGCCUCACACCAGCUCAUCUGCAGCAUAGACUUUUCUUACUUAGAGUGUCUGAUUCUAUUUGGUUUGUUGCCUGAUUGCUAAUUUGUGGUUCCUUAUUUGUCUCGUCCUUAAGGUUUGUGAUUCUUAUUUAUAGACUAUUCUUACUUGGAGUGUCUAAUUCUAUUUUGUUUGUGACUGAUUGCUAAUUUGUGGUUCCUUUGUCUCGUCCUUAAGGUUUUUGAUUCUAAUUUAAGACUGCGUUUUGUUCAGAGAUAUUGUUAACCAAAGAGAUUUUAACGUUAAGCAAGAAAUAAACGUUCUUUUACAAUUCCUUUAAUUUUUUCUAAUAUCAUAUGAUAAUAUCGAAAUAUCGAUACUUUUUUCCGAUAUAUCGAUCCUCCAUAUCGGAAGGUCCCGAUACUAUCGAUACCGAAUAAAUCGAUAUUUCUCAUUCGAUAUGCAUCU